UGUUAUGGUAACGUGUAUCAAGUGGAAGCAAAAUAUUCGCAUUUCUGUCAAAAAUCUCUGAAAAAGUCACCGAUUUUCUCCUUUAAGACAAUAAAUAACGUAAAUAUGACUUCAAAACAGCCUUCACAUAAAACAAUAGUGCCGGGAAAUCGAAGCCAGGAGGAGAUAUUCGAAGAAGAAGCUCACCAGAUCGUAGACGAAGCCAUCGACAAUGCUAUGAAAAGGUUGAGAGUGAACGUAGGAAUCGCUGAACAGAAAGACGAAUCUCCUGAAGGACAAGCAAACCAGGAAGAAGAAAAGGGUACUGUUGAUCCUGAAACAGGGGCAUUUAUACCUAAUAUCAAUUGGAUGAGUGCAGACAAUUUUACUGUAACUGGUGGACUUGAAAAAGUUGAAGAAUUUAUUAAGACAUGGGAACGAGAUAGCAGUUGGUUAUAUUGUAUCGACUUCCUUAGAGAAGAGGACCAUCCUUAUAGUAAACGUUAUCGGUAUGCAGUAAAAUGGAGUAUUCCAACUAGAAGAAAACCAAUCCCUAGGGCUACGGCAUGCGUGUAUUUUACUCUGGAAGUUAGUAAAUUUAAGCCAAAGUCAUUUCCAAUAGAAGUAUAUUAUAUUUUUGAAAGCCAUCGACUUGUACACAGACCUGGAAAAUCAAGAUUCAGAGAAAAAUGGUUGAAGGAUAUCAUAGAAAGCAAGAUCAAAAUGAUGCAAACAGUUUACUUCUAAAAACAUUUCUUACAUUAUUUUCCUAUAAUUAUUAUGACUGUAUAUUUUGUAAAUAGUAAAAUUAUUUGUAAGUCACGGCUGCCCUUAUAAAUACUUAGGGGAAAUUAAUUAAGUCUUCGUUACAAUAAAUAAAAAUCUUACAAUUUAAGGUUUUUAACAUGUAUGUCAUUUGUUUAUCCUACUGUAAAUAUAUCCUGCCUAAAUUAAUUGAAAUAUAAUUAGUACAUUUUAUGAAAAUAAAUAAAAGUAUUUUUUUGA